GGAGAUGUGCAUGAGCUUCUCCAGGAAUUUGAGGGAGUACUAGGCGAACCUAAGGGACUACCUCCACACCGGGAAUUCGAUCAUCGCAUACCUCUGGUCAACGAACAACAUGCCAUACACGUUCAUCCCUAUAGGUACGCUCACUUUCAGACAACCGAGAUCGAACGGCAAGUGGCCGAGAUGCUUGAAUCAGGACUAAUACAGCAUAGCAAGAGUCCGUUUUCUUCUCCGGUCUUAUUGGCCAAAAAGAAAGACGGCACGUGGAGGUUCUGUACUGACUACCGAGCUCUAAACGCUGCAACCAUCAAGGACCAAUUUCCUAUUCCAAGUGUUGAUGACAUGCUUGAUGAGUUAGCCGGGUCACGAUAUUUCUCUAAACUCGAUCUAAGAGCUG